AUGGUGGUCCACGGAGCUCACUCAUCUGGGCAGCACAGCAGUCCAGUAAAGUCCCCGAGGUCCAGACAAGUUUCUCCACCAACCGGUACAAUCGAGUCCAUCAAUCUAGAUGCCAUCCCGCAGUCUGGUCCUCGCUUGGACAACACUGCAGCCAAGCACAAACUCUCUAUCAAACCCAAAAACCAGAGGGUUUCCCGUAAACACAAACGCUUCACGCAGGACCUCCAGGAGGUUUCUGUUCCUGAAGUCGUCCAAGAAGACCUCGAGGCAGCAGCCACAUACUCAGAUGACCAGCGCAGAGCAUUCGUUGAGGACACCAGAGAAAACCUGAAGAAACAGAGACUGUAUGAUGAGGAACAACAGGAGGCUCGACGGAGAAGGGAGCUGGAGGAGCAGAGGCUCAGAGAGGAGGAAAAGGAAAGGCUGAAGAGAGCAGAGGAGCUGAGGCUUCGCGAACUGGAGGAAGAAAUGUCUCAUAGAAAACAGCAGGAAGAGCAGCAGAGUAGGAUGCAAGAGGAGGCAGAGAGAAGGAGGAGGGAGGAGGAGGAGAAACAGAUCAGAGAUGAGGAAGAAAGGAGGAAGAGGCAGGAGGAGGAAAGUCGAAUUCGAGAAGAAGAACGGAGGAGUCAAGAGGAGGAAGAGCGAAUGAGAAAGCUGGAAGAGGAAAAAAGAAAACGAAAAGAAGAGGUGCGGCGGCAGCGAGAGGAAGAAGAGAAGAGGCAGCUGGAAGAGCAGAAGAGAAUUGAGGAAGAGAAAAGGAGGAGGCGAGAAGAUGAGGAGGCAGCAAGGAGGCAACAAGAACUUGAGGCGGAGAAAAGGAAGAAGCAAAUAGAGGAGGAAGAGAGAAAGAAGCAAGAGGAAGCAGAGAAGCUGAGGUUGCAAGAGAUGGAGAAGAAGAUGAGGAAAGCAGAGGAGCAAAGGAGGAUGUCCUCAGACGAAGCUGAUGGGGGCGUGGAUGCACAAGACAGGAAGCGGAGAGCUGAGGAGCUGCGCUGGAAGGAGAUGGAGGAGAGACAGAGGCCUUUUUCUUUCAAAGUCUCCUCUGGAGAAAAACAGAUUCUGUUCCAGAAGGUUAAUCUCACACCUGUUACACCAACCCACACCCACCAGAGCUCUGCUGCCACCACACAUCAAAAGGAAGGAGCUAAGGCCUCCUCCCUUGAAGGGCCAGACUCCCCCAACUUGCCAACAUUUCCAUACGUCCCCCAUACAGCCAUCCUGGUGACAGGCGCCCAGCUAUGUGGGACAGCUGUCAAUUUAGACCAGAUCAAAGACAACGCAUGCAAGUCCCUGCUCGGACUGGGGGAGGACAAAAAGGCCCAGGAGUCACUGUCAACAAAAAGCAAAACGUCUCCAGCCCGUAAGUCUGGAAAAACCAAAUCCCUCAAUGAGUGUGCACCCUCCACAGAUCACUCUGGUGCUGCCGUGUUGGCUGAAUGGGCGAGCAUCAGAUCAAAAAUAUUCAAGGGUGUAGAGGAUGGGAAGUAUGAGGAGUUCCCUGAUCCACCGAGCAGGACUCAGCCUCUGCUCGACAGUGAAGAACAACAGACUCCAUUUGCUCAUGCACACCUCAGAAAGACGAUGUCUGCAAGUGCCAAGUUCUCCAUCACCCCUGCGAAGAAGAAGUUUGGAGAUUCAAAUAGGAACUCUGAGGUUUUUGGUUCAGAGAGUAAAGAUGCGGGAGAGGAAGCAGUACGAUCUGAUAGUCCCACCGCUGCCUCCCCACCUCCUAUCAUCAAACCCCAGAGCAGGACGAGUAAAUCUGUACACAUCGUAGAAAGAGGUUCACAGGAGUGCAUGUUUGCCAAAGACCUCCCGUCCUUCCUGGUUCCAAGCCCUGGAGACAGACCAGACAAGUUAGAGUUGAAGAGCCGGCCUCACAGCAAAUCAGAGUCAUCUGAAAGCAAAGAGGAGGGAGAUGAACGGGGGCAGGACGGUGAGGUGAAGUCCUCUCCUUUUGGUAUAAAGCUAAGGAGGACUAACUUUUCUCUGCGUUUUCACAGCGAACAGUCCGCAGAGAAAAGAAAGAAGCGCUACAGUGCCGGGGACAAUUUUGAUGGUGUCCCUUCACCUCUCACCCCAAUUGAACCAGACUCUGAUGCUUCCUCGGUCUUUUCAGACAAGUUAAGUCCAACAUCGCCUCAGAAAGAGGGAGUGGUUAGCAAAUACUUGCAUGAAUCUGGCUCCCCUGCUGUGACUCGAGGUAAGCUGGCUAAGUCUACUAGCCCAGCUGCUCACAGUGAAAGUGACAAAGUGCUUUCAAAACCAUCCCUCUACCGAAGACCACCAACAUCACCCAAACCUUCCGGUGCAGUCCUGACACCUCCUUUGUCUCCACUACCCAAGUUAGUCCAUGGACUCUCUGGUGAUGAUGCGAUUCAGAAGACAGGCAGCGGAGAGUCAUCCGUCCAGGAGCAGGCCAGCAGGAGCAAAGAACCAUCGAUAGUGGCCCAGUUGCAUCAAAGCAGCCACGGUCAUGUCCAAGGAGAGGAGGAGCCAAAGGAGAAGAGAUCCUUCUUCCCCUCCAUAAACAUUCCCUGGAGAGAGAAGGCAGACAGAAAGACGGAGCUCAUCAAGAGAGAGAAACCAUCCCUACAGACCAGACACUCACUGGACAGCGCUAAGGUCCAGGAGAAGGAGGCCGGGCCCUUGUGGAUUACACUGGCUCUGCAGAAGCAGAAAGGCUUCAGAGAGCAGCAGCAGAACCGCGAGGAUCGUCGAAGCCAAAGAGAGACCAAACUGGCAGAAAAACAAGCCAGAGAGCGAGACAGCAUCGCCCUCGUGAGUCCGACAGAGAGCAAAGGAAGUGGGCGCACAAGUCCUUCCUCCAAACCUCAGACAUCUGAGGAGCCCAAGAGGCCUGACAGCCUCGUGGGACAGUUUGAGCGCCGAGAGCAGCUGAAAAAGGCCAACACUUUACCGAGCUCCGUCACUGUUGAGAUCUCGGACUCCACGCCGUCCCCACCUGGUGUCAAGGACGUGUCCAAGCGCUUCCCGUCCAGCGACUCUCCACAGGUGUCCACAGAGCCGGCCUGGCUUGCACUGGCCAAACGAAAGGCCAAAGCCUGGAGUGACUGUCCUCAGAUCAUCAAAUAACACCCUUACCCACCUGCUUCUCUGCCUGCAUGGAGACCGCGCACUGCCCACAGACCCUGAGGCACCUGAAGAGUCACGAUCACUCCAUCUUCCAAAAAAGAAACAAAAACAGUCACAUCUCUCAACAUGAAAACUCUUCCUGACUGUGAAACACGUAAAUUACAUGGUU